ACCAACAUGCCCCACAAGAAUAUCCUUGGCUUGUGGUUAUCACUCGUUCUCUUUGGAGCUGAAGCUGAUGGAACGAAAGAACUGAAUGGCAUUCUGGGGGAGUCUGUUAUUUUCAAAAUGAAAGCCACUCCAGAAGUUAGAAUUAUUUUCUGGGCUAAUAUUCUUGCCAACAACUCCAUAAAUAUUGCUGUGAUGGAUUUUAGGGAGCCAUGUCACCUCGUGGUCCCCUCCCCAAAAUAUCAAAAGCGACUGAACAUCUCCAAGGACUGCAGAGAAUUACAAUUCAGCCAACUAGAGAAAGAGGAUGCUGGCAGAGGAUGCACAGCAAGAUUUCGUCUAAGAACUUCAGAGUUAAUGGAUGAAUCCUUCGAUCUACGAGUUUUUAGUCGUUUGCUGGACUCUCAGCUCAGAGUGAUCUUCAUUGGUGAUGGGAAAGGAGGUUGGCAGCUGAAUUGUUCUCGAGAGCCCUGGGAAGAUGGGGUGAAAUUUAGCUGGAGCUCAGAUGUUCGGAGCCAGGAUCCCACCCUUGGGAGUGCUGUGAUUACUCUUGCUCCCAAUGUGACCUGCUUUGCAGAAAACCUGGUUAGCAAGGCAUCCAGGACCGUCUUCUUAAAGGAAGCUUAUGCUGAACAGGCUGAGACCCCCUCUGGGCUGUUUCUCUGGAUCCUGCUGUGCCUUAGCAAAGUGGGAAGUUUCCUCCUUUUGGGCUGUUUGGGGCUCAUUCUGAGGGUGAAAUCCAGAAAAGCAGCUGGAGGAGGGAGGCCGACAGACUCCCAAAGGAACCCACCACCAUUGGAUCCUACUGACAGAGGUGAGUCCUCAGGACGUCAGCCAGAGCUCCAGCAUGGGAUUCUACUUUGAGGCAUUCUUGCUAUCGGCUGCCACAGUAACGAGGGAGGGG